AAUGGCCCGGGGAGCCGUGGAGUCGCCACCUCCGGUCUCUCUCAUUCCUGUCAGGCCGUCAUGAAGAUUGCGCUCGCCACCGUCCUGUGCCUUUGCUUGGCCUCGGCGAGGGCCGACCACCACGAUAGCCAUUCAGACGCCCCGGACCGCUGUCUGGGCCUGGAGAUGGAUGCGGUGGCGGUCAGCGAGGAUGGCAUGCCUUUCUUCUUCAAAGGCCACUACCUGUUCAAGGGUUUCCACGGCAAAGCGGAGCCGCUCAACGGAUCUUUCCCCGAACUGGAAGAUCCCAACCACCCUCUGGACCACCUGGAUGCCGCUUUCCGGAUGCACUUUGAAAACGCCUCUGACCAUGACCACCUUUACUUCUUUGUGAACGACAAAGUGUUUGCCUACUACAAGCACAAGUUGGAGGAGGGCUUCCCCAAGACCAUCCCCGAAGUGUUCCCGGGCAUCCCGGACCACCUGGACGCCGCUGUGGUAUGUCCCAAGCCGGACUGCGAUGAGGACGAAGUCAUCUUCUUCAAAGAGCACGAAAUCUACCACUACCACAUGGGCAACAAGGCAGUGGAACACAGAGAGUUCAAGACCAUGCCCAACUGCACGUCGGCCUUCCGCUACAUGGAGCACUACUACUGCUUCCACGGACACCAGUUCUCCAAAUUUGAUCCCAAGACUGGAGAGGUCCACGGCAGAUACCCCAAGGAGGCCCGCGACUUCUUCAUGAAGUGCUCCAACUACAGCGACGAAACCGACAUGGUGGAGCGAGAGCGAUGCAGCCACGUUCACCUGGAUGCCAUCACCUCUGACGAUGCGGGCAACUUGUACGCCUUCAGAGGUCACCAUUUCCUGCAGAGAGACGGCAACAACGACAUGGUGAAGGCGGACACCAUCGAAGCGUCCUUCAAAGAACUUCACAGCGAGGUGGAUGCCGUCUUCUCCUACGAGGACCAGCUGUACAUGAUGAAGGACGACCAAGUGUAUCUGUACAAGGUCAGCGAGCCGCACACCCUCGCCGAAGGUUACCCUAAAACCGUCAAGGAGGUUCUGGGUCUGGAGGGCCCCAUUGAUGCCGCCUUUGUCUGCGAGAAUGAGCACAUUGCUCACGUUAUCAAAGGCGACCACAUCUACGAUGUGGACCUGAAGAAAACACCUCACGAGGCCACCAACGAGCGUGCGUUGACUUCGAUCACAAAGGUGGACGCCGCCAUGUGCGACCCCCACGGCGUGCGCGUGAUCGUCGGAAACCAUUUCUACCACUUUGAUAACAUCCAGCUCUUUGUGGCCGGACGCGCCAUCCCGGAGCAGCACCGAGUGUCCAUGGACUUGUUUGGCUGCGACCACUAGUGGCCACCCCUGGGCGACUUGGAUCUAUUGUCAAUAAAUGUGAGCAGAAGCA